GCAGAGAAGAUGGCGGGUGGCGUGGAUGGCCCCAUAGGGAUCCCAUUCCCUGAUCACAGCAGCGACAUCCUCAGCAGCCUGAACGAGCAGCGAAACAACGGGUUGUUGUGCGACGUGGUCAUCUUGGUGGAAGGCCAAGAGUUCCCCACGCACCGCUCCGUCCUGGCAGCCUGCAGCCAGUACUUCAAGAAGCUCUUCACCUCAGGGUUAGUGGUGGACCAGCAAAACGUGUAUGAGAUAGACUUUGUGAGCGCAGAUGCCUUGUCGGCGCUGCUGGAAUUCGCCUACACCGCGACCCUCACUGUCAGCACUUCGAACGUCAACGACAUCCUCAACGCCGCCACGCUGCUGGAGAUCCCGGCCGUAAGGGAUGUUUGCACGGAUCUCCUGGACAGGAAGAUUCUGGCCAAAAAUGACCAGAUGGAUACAGUAGAUCAAAUUGAUCAGAGGAACCAUCUCAGAGCAAAAGAAUACCUGGAGUUCUUCCAGAGCAAUCCCGUCAAUGGCCACCAAGGCAGCUUUCAGUGGACCAACCCAGAGUUGAGAGACCUUCAGAGACUGAACUUCCGAGGCCAAGAGGAGGAGGAGGAGUCAAACUGCAACGGCCUGGACUUCUACACACAAGCCCCUGCAACUGAAAGACCAAAGGCAAGUGACUGUGAUCCUGACAGCAACCCAGCCAUGUGGCUGGACAGGGAGGAGGAGGAACCAGCACCUGGAGGCAUGUUUUCCCCUUCUCAGAACGGACAUUACAGCAGCCGUGGCCUGGCCACCCCUGGAGAAGAGGAGGGAGGGACCCCCAGGGGCCCUCUGGACCAGCAGGAAGCAGGUGACUCCCCCAGUUUCAUCCCUACUGGAGCAGAGACAGAGGAUGAUGCGAGGGAGGUGGAUGACUUGGCCGCCAGCGCUUUGCUGCAGCAGAUGAUCAACUCGGUGGGGCGACAGCAGCUCGGGGACGACGACCGCAAGGACGACGACGGAGUGAUGGAUUAUUACUUGAAAUACUUCGGCAGUUCGAACGAGGGUGAUGUGUAUCCGUCCUGGUCCCAGAAGGUAGAGAAGAAGAUCAGGGCAAAAGCAUUCCAGAAGUGCCCCAUCUGCGAGAAGGUGAUCCAAGGCGCCGGCAAACUGCCGCGGCACAUCCGCACCCACACCGGGGAGAAACCCUACGAGUGCAACAUCUGCAACGUUCGAUUCACCAG